AUGCCGGCUCGACUGAGCGCCCGCGACGUGCAGCCCGGUGAAGCGGCCUCUUCUUCGGCCCAGUCACCGUCGGCCCCUGCAGCGGCUGCGGUGAACAUUGCGGCAGGUACAAUCGGCUCGAUGUGCGGCGAGGCGGCUGUCUUCCCAAUCGACGUGGUCAAGACUCGGCUGAUGACCGCCACGGUGAGCGAGGCGCCGAUGGCCGCGCUGGCUCUGCUGAUCCGCGAGCGCGGGCCGCUCGGCAUCUACUCGGGCCUGCCCUCCCCGCUGUGCGGAGCGUUCCUCAUCAAGUCAUCGCUCUUUGCUGGCUACGAGCUCUCAAAGGUGUGCGUACACGCCUCGCGCACGGUGCGGCACGGCCGGGACGCAGACAUGGCGCGGCCGCUGGACAAGGCGGAGGGCCUCUUCUCCGCCGCCUUUGCCGGAAUCUUUGCCGCGAUGGCGACGUGCCCCGUCGACCGCGUCAAGAUUGUGAUGCAGACCCGGCCCAACGCCCACGCCUCGACGCUCCACUGCGCGCUCGCGCUCGCCCGCGAGCGAUCGCUCUCGCUCGGCCUCGGCGCGACGCUCGCCCGCGAGGUGCCCUCGUCGGCGAUCUACUUUUCGGUGUACGAGAGCACGCGCGAGGCGCUGCUGCCGCUCUGCCCUGCCGCCGCCGCCGCCCCUCUCGCCGGCGCCACCUGCGGAGUCAUCAGCUGGCUCGCGUGCUGCCCGAUCGACGUCGCAAAGACGCGAGUGCAGUCGGGCGCCGCGCCGAGCCUCCUCGCCGCCCUUCGCGCCGUGGCGGAGGAGCGCGCCUUCUUCCGCGGCGUGCAGCCCGUGGUGAUGCGGGCGGUGCUAAAACACGCGACGGUGUUUGCCGUGUACGAGCAGCUGCGGCCGCGGCUACUGGCUCUAGGAACGUAG